AAUUAUGUGUGUUGGAUGAUUUUCAGAUGCAAUGAAAUGAGUGACAUGUUGCCUUUGGAAUUUGACUGUCUUGUCUUCUUCCUUCUCACUCACUCUCUCUUCAGUUCUUGAAUUUGAUCCACCUUUCUUGUUUUUCUCAAGGAACCAAACAAAUACUUAACUACCAUUAGUAUUGUAGUUUUCUGAUUGAACAUUGCGCCAUGACCUUGGACGUGGUUCCCAUGGAGCACAGCAAGGGAUUCAUCUUCGCCUUGCAGGAACUUAAGAAUCUGAGGCCUCAACUCUAUUCUGCUGCAGAGUACUGCGAGAAAUCUUAUCUCCAUAGUGAUAAAAAACAAGUGGUACUUGACAACCUCAAAGAUUAUGCUGUAAGAGCUCUUGUUAAUGCUGUUGAUCAUCUGGGAACUGUUGCUUACAAGUUAACCGACCUUCUUGAGCAGCAAACCUUGGACGUAUCAACCAUGGACUUGAAGGUCUCUAUGUUGAAUCAGAAACUUCUUACAUGUCAUGUUUACACUGACAGAGAGGGCCUUCGGCAGCAGCAGUUGUUAGCUUUCGUUCCCAGACAUCAUAAGCAUUACAUUUUGCCAAAUUCUGUGAAUAAAAAGGUACAUUUCAGCUCACACAGACAGAUUAAUGCAAGACAAAAUCUAUAUCGAACCAGAAAUCGUCUUCCUUCUUCAGGUACCCCUAUUUCAAAAACUCUUUCAUGGCAUUUAGCAUCAGAAACUAAGUCUACCUUAAAAAAAACGACUUCCCGCACUUCAAAAAACCCCAAGGACUCCAAAUUUUCUGCCAAGACCUCUGGAGUUUUCCACCUUCUAGAUAAUGAAGAGCGUGCAUGGAUGAAACCCUCAGCAGCACAACUCCACUUAACAAAUGGAACUCUUACAUCUAGAGCUGCCACCCAAACUUUUGGUGUCACAGACGAGGAUGCAUUGAAGGGUUCCAAACCAUUGACAAAAUUUGGAUCCUUUGACGAUCGAAAUGGACGUGAGGCUGCCCAAGUUCACAGUCGCAGUAAAAGUGUGCUAUCGACUCUCUUUAUCAAGCAAAAGGCACCUAAGUUGAAGACCAGUUCUGUGUUAUGAUACCUCUCAUGACAAACUAUGUCAUUUUCUUUCUUUUUCAGAUAAAAGAGAGUUAAGAAAACAACUUUGAUAUACCCAAAUGCUUAAUUCUCUUCUUUCACCCUGCAUCUACUAAUAAACAGAAUUACCUUAAUCUAUGUUUUCCGGUUAUAGUCUCUGAAUAAUGACAAUGUAUCACAGUAGCCGUAUU